ACUUGGCCUUCUCUAUCUUGUUCAUUGACCAUUUUUAUAAUUUUAAACCCUCUGCAAAACAAUAAUUAAUUACUUAAUAUAAUAAUCAAUUAAUCAAAUAAAUAAAUAAAAUUUAACAAAACAAAAAAUACUGACAGGUGUCAACUUCAACAGAUUGUUUUAGAAAAUUUCAUUGGAUGGUUUUAAUUUUAGAAACACAUGUCCUAUUGGUUGCUAAGCAACGUUUAUAAAAACACUUCGAAUUAUACAGAUAUGGAGUAUGUAUGUUUAUAUGAGAGCAAGUAUGAAGGACAAUUAGUGUUUAAUGAUGUUUUCACGUAAUUCGGGUAAAUUAAAAAUAGCUGGAGACUAUCGUGUUAAUCAAUCAAUUGAUAAUUUUAAAAUAAAAAUAAAAAUCGUCCAGCAAAAAUCUCCUCUGGUUGAAUUAUUUGACUCGCAAGAAGAAAUUCACGACUCAAAUUAUCUUGAGUCCGAAGAAAAAACAAUAACUUGGCAAGAAAAAAUAUUCAGUUCUCUCGAAGUUAAAUUAUAUUCUGAAGAAAAAAAUUGCAGUACAAAAAUCCACAAAGAGUAUAACGAAGUAAUUAAAAAUGAAAGUGUCCAAGGAUCGCGACUAUUUACCUACACUUCCGAUGACGCUUAUUAUCGGGAUAAAUCGCCGGUGACUAAGAAAAAUUAUAAGUCAUUAUUAUCAAUUAAGAAUGAGUGUGCGCUUCCCACGAUUAAAAACCGCAAGCCGUUUAAUGAGCGGUACAACAAACAAGUUAUCGAUGACAAUCCAACGGACACGAAAAUUCGAUCAAAUCACUAUUUGUACCGAGAUUGUACGGUAAUGCAUAUAAUGGUGGAUUUGUCGUCUAAAGAUCAAGCGUUUCCUGAUCCUGACACAUCGGAAAUUCUUCUGUGUACUCUCACUUACAAUAAAGCCGGUAAAGUUUUGACAAUUGAUCCAGAUAUUAAUAAUGAUCAAGAUGAAGCCUAUUCUAUUGAAAGCAUUGGAAUGAAUUAUGACUAUUGGAUCGAACAUAUUUAUGAAUACCCAGAUGAUGACGUGAUCGUUAAUAAUAAUUUACAGCAUGAAAUACCGGAGAUUUAUCGACAAGAUAAAAUAAUUUCAGAUAUCGAAUUACCACCGGCAAAUAUUUUACGAUUAUUUUUGACAUUUGAUUUUAUUGGAGCACAAGAUUUUUGUUACAAUUCGAUAUUUAUUACAUACACUAUCGAUUUGCCGAAAUAUUGGAGCACAAAUAAUCGGGAUAAACUGUACGGACGAACACAGAGAUGUAAAAUGAUAAAUAAAUCGGCUCAUUUUAGUUAUCUAGCUGAAAUAACACUUGAUCUUGAUUUAAAUUAUUUGAACGAGACUGUGCCCUCGUGGCCUUAUUUACUUAUUUCCGUAGGCUCUUUCGACAAUUGGACAAGAUAUCGAAUAGAAGGCUACACAUCAAUGCCUUUACCAUCGGCAUCUGGGUCCUAUGAAUUUCGAUUACGGACUUGGAGGCCGGUUUAUGGAAUCGUUAAUGCACUGAGAAGAUUUUUUACUGGUGGUACUGCUGAGCUAGAAGAUAUUACGUAUAGUGGGAUACCUCGGGAUCAUGAAGGAAGUAAGUUGGAUAAAAAAGAAUUGAAAGUUGUACCCAGUGGUACUGUCGAUUUGCGGGUUAAUAUUAUACAGCAGAAUAAUAAAAUUAAUAGUAAAAGUCGGUCUAAAUAUCAAGAAAGAUUGAAUUCUGGUAUGUUAAUUAACACUGUUAAUAGUGUGCUUGAACAGUUUAAAGCUGCGAGAGAGCGGAUGAUUCAAGCGAGAUCUGAUAGAAUAAUUUUGUAAUAUUUUGCUUUAUUGUUUAUUGAUGAUUAAUUUUCCUGUGUAACAAAAAUUCGUUUUAAAAAAAUUACAAAAAAGUUCGAUUUGUAGAACUUCUAAACUUGAGACGGAUUAGAACUUUGAGGGGAACUUUUGUAAUUUUGAUAGUAAACACAAAAUGUAUGUGAGCGAAAUUUGAGUAAAAAAAAGAACAUUUUUGAAACGUAUUUUUAGUUCAUACUCUGGUUCAGAAAAAGUUCAAAAAUCUCAAACUUGGAACUUUUUAUGAACGUUUUUUUUUACUUUUAUGGAGAUGGUUUCUAAUGAGAUUUUUUCGGAACCAGGGUAUAAUGUAAAGGGCUAAAUUAUUUUUGUUUGAAAUACUAUGGUGUCAUAGUGAAGCCGGACCAUUUUGGUCACUUGCAAAAAUUUAAAUAAACACGUAGAAAAAUUACUAUGGCCAUAGUAAAUUUGACAAAUUACUGUAACCAUUUUUAAUUUUACUAUGGUAAUAAUAAAUAAAUAAAAAGUCAUAGUAUUUUUUUCAUGUGUUUAUUUCAAUGUCCGAAAAAUGGUCAACGUGGCCCGGCUUUACUAUGACACAAUAGCAUUUUAAACAACAAUAAUUUCUCCGUGUAAUAAAAAUACGUUUUGAAAAAUAUGUUUUAAAAACAUUCCUUUUUUACUCAAAAUUCUAACAUAUAAAGUCCUUUUUUGAUACUUUUUUUUCAGUAUCAAAAUUACAAAAAUUCAAAAUAAGUUCCUCAAAGUUCUAAUCUGUCUCAAGCUUAGAAACUCCGGAUUUCGAACUUUUUUUAAAUCUUUUUGUAACUAAAUUUUUUUACGCGGGCUCCGAAUAAUUUUUGUACAAUUUGAAAAAUAAAAUUAAUUAUUUACUUAUGUUGGAAAAAUAUUUUUUUAUCAUUAGACCAUUAUUGA